AUGGGGGUCGGCACGGACCAGAACGUGGGCUGGCUCCUGCCUCUACUGCUGGUGGUCACGGUGUCCUCCGCCCAAAGCCAAGGAUGCCCCCAGCGCUGCGAGUGCUACGCCAAACUGAAGACGGUGUCCUGUUACGGCAAACGCCUGUCCGCGCUGCCAGACGGGAUUCCGCCGGACACCAAGAUCUUAGACCUCAGCGGGAACAGACUUCGCUGGGUGGAGCACGGGGACCUGCUUCCGUUUCCGCGCCUCGAGAAGCUGGACCUGAGCGAUAACAUGAUCAGCGUCCUGGACCCGAACGCUUUUUCCGGCCUUCAGAACCUGCAGUCCCUCUCGCUGAGGGGGAACCAGUUGAAGCUGGUCCCCAUGGGGGCUUUCUUGCGUCUCUCCAAUCUAACUUCUUUGGACCUUAGUGAAAACAAGAUUGUAAUUCUUUUGGAUUUCACAUUCCAAGACCUAAAGAGUCUGAAGAACUUGGAGGUCGGAGACAACGAUCUGGUUUACAUAUCGAAUAAGGCCUUUCUGGGUCUGGUGGGCCUGAAAGAGCUGACCAUUGAGAGGUGCAACCUGACUUCGGUGUCCAGCCAGUCUUUGUCUUACCUGCAUAACCUGGUGACCCUUCGGCUUCGCUACCUCAGUAUCUCUGCCCUGGAGGAGCAGAACUUCAGGAAGCUGGGGAACCUGAGGGGGCUGGAGAUCGACCACUGGCCCUUUCUGGAGCACAUCUCCCCCCACAGCCUGCAGGGCCUCAACCUGUCCUGGCUGUCCGUAACCCACACCAACAUCACCUCCGUGCCCACCUCUGCACUCCGCAGCCUGGCCCACCUCACCAGCCUCAACCUGUCCUACAACCCCAUCUCUGUGCUGGAGUCCUGGGCCCUGCGGGACCUCCUCAGGCUCAAGGAGCUGCACCUGGUGGGCACCAACCUGGCCGUGGUGCAGCCCUACGCCCUGGGAGGUCUCAGGCAAAUCCGCCUCCUCAACUUCUCCGCCAACGUCCUGGUGACCCUGGAGGAGGGGGCCUUUCAGUCCGUCAACACCCUGGAGACCCUGCGCCUGGACGGAAACCCGUUAGCAUGCGACUGCCGCCUGCUCUGGAUCCUCCAGCGCAGGAAGACCCUCAACUUCGACGGGGCCUCCCCCGUGUGCUCGACGCCCGUGGAGGUGCAGGGACGGGCUCUCAACGCCUUCUCCGACUCCGCCCUCUUCGACCACUUCACCUGCCAGAAGCCCAAGAUCCGCAACAGGAAGCUGCAGCAGAUAUCGGCCCACGAGGGCCAGGUGGUCUCCUUCAUCUGCAAGGCCGAAGGGGAACCGGCCCCCGUCGUAUUCUGGAUUUCCCCCCAGCGCCGCCGCAUUACCACGAAGAGUAACGGUCGACUGACCGUGUUACCAGAGGGGACGCUAGAGAUAAAGUACGCCCAGGUGAUGGAUACUGGAACCUACAUCUGUAUAGCUAGCAACGCCGGUGGGAACGACACCUACUUCGCCACACUGACAGUCAGUGGACUUCCCCAGGAUGCUGCCCUCAUGGCCAAUCGAACCUACUAUGUUGGAGACCUAAAUGACACCAAUCUGAACGAUACAAGAGUCUUCUUGAAGUUCACCCUCGACCUGAAGACCAUCCUCAUAUCGACAGCCAUGGGCUGCAUCAUGUUCCUGGGGGUGGUCCUGUUCUGUUUCAUUUUGCUCUUCGUCUGGAUGACGGUCCGACCGGUCGGUUAUCCCCAAAAAUCUCAUGCCAACGCCAUCGUGGUUCCCCAAAGGGAAUAUGUCCCUCUCAUCUUUAGAGGGCUGAACCUCUCUGCUCCAUCUGAGGGGACUCAGGCGCUCUAUAAUGGAAACUGGUGA